CGGCUGGAGGCGAAGGAGGAGGAGGAGGACGCGGAGGAGAGGAGGAGUAGGAGGAAGAGGGGCCUCAGGGGACCGCUCGCUAAGGCCAGGCGUCGUCCAGCAACCCUCGGUCUGUGCUACCAGCCCUGGCCUUUGGCCGACCUGUGCGCAGCACGCGCGCGCGCGAGCGCGCGCGGCGGCACGGGGGCUUGGAGAGCCUCCGGAGAUAGGACGAGGGGGGGCGGCCGUCCGGAAAGGGCCCCGCCCCGCCUCCCGGGAGGCGUCGGGGGCGCGGGCUCAGAGGGGCCGAUCCCCUCUGGGAUGUGGUCUGUCGUUCAAAAAGCGGGCAUGACCCCUCCGAGCCACCGGGGCGGGCCACAGAUCGAAAAAGACCCGCCCCGAACAACAAGGAGGACGCUGCCGUCCAGGGCGGGGCGGGGCUCUGGGAAGCCCCGCUGCGCGAGCUCGGGGAGGUGCCCCCCCGGGCGGGGGACCCCGCGGCGCCCGAAAAACACCACAGGCACGCCUGGGUUGAGCGCCCGGCGGCUCGAAAAACUGCCAGAGAGGAGGAACAACUCAGUCGGCAGGUGGGGGCACUAUCUGUAGGCUGCAGCAGAACGCCCCCCCACCCCCGCCAAAAAACUGCACACACAGACAGAGAAAACGUUCUGGGGUCCGCGCGUCUCUGGUCGGCCACACGUGAGAGCGGCCCUGGGCAAGAGUGGCCUUGCCAGCUGGCGCGGGGGGCGCCGCCCCAGAGGCGGCGUCCAGGGGUGCGCGGAGGCGACCUCCCCGUGAGAUCCGCGCGGACCUCCAAAAUGUUCAUGCUUGCGCAAUCGUUUGCCGCCGAUUCUGGGGGCGCGGUCGGCGGGUGUGGGCGCAGGGCUGCAAGAGGAGGUGGUGGCUCCCGCAGCUCACGCCACCUCCUCUAGCCGGAAGCUCGGUGCUCGCUGCCCGUAGCUCUGGACGAUACCACCCUUGUUAGGCCCCGCCUUUAUUCUCUUUGGCGCCCCCCCGUCGCCAGCAUUGGCGAUCCUCUCGUAGACCUGGCGGCGCAAGACGUCGCGAUAGGGAUCCUUCGUGCGGGCCUUUAGGAGCCACGCCAUCUCGCCCUCUACAGAAGCUUUGAGGUCCGAGUACGCCUUGGCGCAACCGUCUGCGUCCUGCGGGUCCAGGUCCUUCAGGUCUACGGGGCGCCCGAAGCUGAAGUACCAGCGGUCACCCAGUCCAGCGGACGCCUGCGUGGAAAACUUCGUCUGCGGGAGCGCUCCUCUAAAGGCCGCAUCCCCAGCCUGGAAGACUCGGGACCGCCGAGGCUCUGUCUCUGCGACAGCCGCUCCCUCUCCUGGAGAAAGGGAAAGACGCCGUCAACAUACACCCAUCGUGCUUCCAUCACGAAUACCGAAUGAGGAACGAACGGGGUUCUCCCGCCACGGCGAGCUUCGGCCACGGAUGGUUUCCCCGACGCCGACCCAGAGCUGCGACAGUCGCUCCCUCUCCUGCAGAAGAGGAAGAAGAACAGCGUCGUGAACAUACAGCCAUCGCGAUCGCAUGCGAUGAGGGCAUU